ACGAAAAAGCCGACGACGCCGAUCAAGCGCGCCAAAAUAAAAAACGAACAACAGACAUUUGACGAGCCUCAGAAUUGGCGCACUGUGUAUGAGCGGAUACGGGAGUAUCGAACAACUGUAACUGCACCCGUUGACACUAUGGGCUGCGAACGGCUUGCGGAGGACAAAGUGCCGGAAAAGGUAUCGCGGUUCCAGACGUUGGUAUCGCUGAUGCUAUCCUCGCAAACAAAGGAUACGGUGACGAGUGCAGCUGUCAAAACUUUGCAAUCGUCAUUGCCAGGUGGUUUGACGUUAAACAGCAUUCUACAAGUGGAUGAAAAGGUUCUAGAUAGUUACAUCAAGAGUGUUGGAUUCCAUAAUCGAAAAGCAAAGUAUAUCAAGGACGCGGCUGUCAUUUUACGAGACACGUAUAAUGGCGAUAUCCCGAACACUAUUGAAGGGCUGACAAGUUUACCCGGCGUGGGACCUAAGAUGGGAUAUCUCGCUCUGCAAUGUGCAUGGAAAAUAAAUGCUGGCAUUGGCGUUGAUGUACAUGUGCAUCGGAUCAGCAACCGUCUUGGAUGGUGUGACACUGCCAAUGGGCUACCGGAAGAUACCCGAAAGCAACUGGAGUCUUGGUUACCGAAAGAAUAUUGGCGACCCGUCAAUCCUUUGUUGGUUGGCUUUGGACAAGUAACAUGUCUUCCCCGGGGCCCAAAAUGCGGUGAGUGCCCGGUUAGCGAAUACUGCCCGUCUGCAGUUACAGCUGUAAAGAAGGUCAAAAAGGUAAAGAAAGAGGUGACUGUCGAUCCGGGUGAUCAUCAUGUCAAGGUCAAACUCGAGGAAGAUCAACAUGAU